UAACUGUGGCGCCCCCUAUUGUCCUGACGCAUUAUGACAGGAAGCAUUGCGCCUCUAGCGGCCGGUCAGCGUAGGGCGUCUCUCUCCCGCAACUGCGCUGCUCCGCUUCUUUCUGUUUGUCAGACUCGCAAUACGAGGGAGAGGAGCGAGCCGCCAUUUUCCGAGCUCGUCGCUUCCCCCUAUAACGACAACAAUAAAAAACGGACAAACCCGGGGUUUUCUCAGCCGAAAUCGAGUACAAAGACCUUUCGGAGAAGGAGAGAAGGGAUUGCGCUCAAGGAACGACCAGAAAAGGGAUACAUUUCACUGUUUUUUCGCGGCUUUUGUCGGGGGCGAUUGAAAAACAGCCGUCUGGGCUCCUAUAGCUCGACUGCCCCCGUUUCUUUCGCCCAUUUCGUGAUCCCUAAACGCAGCCCGGAGGAGUGGGAGGAGGAAAAGGAGGGGGUUACCGAGCACCGGAGCGCGCGAGAGGCCCGGGAUUUUUCCACCUGAACGUGCAACAGCGGAAUCUGCAUCUGGAUAAUUGCUUCUACCUGUCAGUUAUUACUACUAUAUUUCUUAAGCGUGGAGAUUUAUUACGUACAUUUCCCCCGGAAUCGGCUCCUCAUCACGUGGCUGCCCCCUGGCACAGUGGUAGGUGGGUGGUGUGGAGCUGGCCUCAGCACCGGGAGAGGCCCCCUCGCCCGCCCCCUCCCAGCGCUGCAUGGCUGCAAUGGCGCCCGCUCUGACCGACACUCCGGCCGAAGCUCACCGCAUACGCUUCAAACUGGCUCCGUCCUCCUCCACCCUCUCCCCGAGUGGUGUGGAGGGAAGCGGUACCGGCAACCACAUCCUCGUGUCCAGUAACGGCGCCGUCAAGCGCAAGGCCUCGGAGGAGCGCCCCUCUCGCGGGGCUGGCCCCUGCAAGCCCAUCGUUACCUCAUAUCACUGUUCAGAUGUGUCCUCGGCAAAAGAGUCCCUGAAGCUGCAAGGUGUUCUACUGCAGACGCACAACAUCCUGCCGAGCCUCAUACCACGCAAGCACCAGGCUUUAGAGCUCUCCGAGGAACAGCCAAAGAGCAUCAUGAGUGCCAGUGGAGGAGGUGGACCAUGUGGGCCGCCCACUGUCAACGGCAUAGCAAAGAAAGUGACUAAACCGACUGACCGAGACAAUGCGGUGACCUUAAAUGGUGGCCAACAUACCGUCGAGCAGGAUUUGUCAAAUCAGACUGAAGUUGUCAAUUCUACCAUGGGACUGACAAGCAACGGUCCUCUACGAGAAGCUGCAGAGCGGCACCAGCUGUCAACGGGUGAGUCUCAGAACUGUCCCAGUAAUGAAGCACCUCCUGCAACAUCUCCAACCUCCAGCGCACCUUUCACAGAAGACAAAAUUUCGGACUGUCCGGCAUUAGGCAGUGAAGAUAUGUUGGCGCUCUCGCUUGCUACCCACCAAGACCCUUUAGGUGGCCUUGGGGCGGAGCUAAGCGACCGUACUCAGCACAGCCAGAGCAGACAAGGGGAGAUCGAGGUGCGGCUAUGGCGAUUACGCAAACGGCUGCAGGUGGUGCAGGCCAAGCAGGUGGAGCGGCAUGUGCAACAACAGUUGGGCGGACUACUCAAGAGCACACUGAGUGCUCUGGAUGCCAGGCGGCCGAGUGGCCAUCACAGCGAUGACUCUCUCACCCCUCAGGAGAGGGACGGACUAAGACGUUUCCUGAAGAGUGGAUCCAUGCCGGCUGAGUUAGAGCGACUGUCCCUGAGCUGCACCACCAACCUGCGAUCUGCCGAAUGCGCGUUCGAUUCCGAUGCCACGGAAAGCAGCUCAGGAGGAGAAACUGAUGUGGAGGAAGAAGAACUGGCUCGGGUCGACAUUGAGCAACGCCACAUUCAUCUAUGUAGGAGAGCAGAAGGCCGUUAUGCCGUUGACCGAGCUUCCAUCAUCAGUCACUGGAACUGGCUACAGGCCCAAGUCUCGGAUCUGGAGUACCGUAUACGCCAACAGACUGACAUUUACAGACAGAUCCGCUCCAGCAAGGGCUCUGUUGUGCUUGGAGAGAGCUCAGUGUGUGAGUCAGUACCAGAAGACAGCAGUGAUUCAAGGACAGAGACCAUUACCUGCCCUGUCCCACGGGAGCAUGAUACUGUUGGAGUGGAAACGUCUGUAUCAUCCAAUGGUAUCGUCACAGAAACAUGCUUGAGGAGAAGCUGUGGACCUGUGAGACAGGUCAAUGGUGUUAUCAACAGUUUACGGCCUAGUUCCCCUGUCACCUCGGACCCAGACGAGCAGAGCCGCUCUGAGUCUCAGCAGAAGCUGGAGAUGGGACCUCAGGCUUCCCCUGCGCACGACAGCACAUGCGUGGCAGCCCGCACACGUCCACUGCUGUCGUGCAGGAAACGCAGAGUACUCCGGCCCGGCUCGCUCACCAGUCUCAAUCAUAAGGCUCAGAGGUCAGUGGCUCCUCGCUGUGGCUGUGAGCUGAACGCUCAGUGUGUGAUGUGCAGUGGACGUGCUCUCCCUCCUGCAGACACCCAGCACCAGCUCCCCCUACUGGACAGACUGGCACAGUUUGACCACUGCGUUCACCCCAUCCUCUCCUUUACAGAUGAUGUGAUGAUGAAUCUCCAUAUGCAGCGUGUGCUGAAGGGACACUGGCAGAAUCGUCCUCUGGAGAAGAUCAGGCCCAUCAAGAAGAUCUCGCUCAAGCAUAAGUUGUGUUUGGGUAGCCGCAUCUCAGACCCGUCAUCCAAAGACAAACACAAGCUCGCCAACUCUCUCCUCUCCGCAGUCCGUUUGUCGCAUCAUAAGGUGCGCUCAGAGAAGGUCUCUCAGCAUCAGUUAGAUAUCCCAAUCAGUGCCAGUAAACAUGAGUCUCGCCAGCAUUUCCGCCAGAGCAGUUCUUUUGACAGGAGUCACGGCCGCAAGAGACCUCGUGAACCCUCGCUGGACCGUACAGAGAAUGCUCCAAAGUUGAAUAUGGACAUGGGGAGUCCAUGCCCAUCUCUGUCCGCUCUAAACACGCCCACCCACAGCCUCCUGAUGAGACAGCCAUCAAUCUCCGAGACCUCCACACCCCUUCACCUCAACAGCAGUGCCGCCACUAUUCGCCGACGGAGAGGAGAGAGCCCCUUUGAUAUCAAUAACAUCGUCAUCCCCAUGUCUGUGGCCGCCACCACCCGAGUGGAGAAACUACAGUAUAAAGAGAUCCUUACCCCAAGUUGGCGAGAAGUGGACAUUUUUGCAAAACCAAUAUCUGAAGAGGAUGAUGCAGUGGAGAUUGAGGAUCUCUCUGAUGUCACAUUCUCUCAGCUUUACCUUUCGUAUGAGGAGCAGGAGCGCUCCCGAUGGAGUUGGAGUGCCAGCAACAUUGCAAAGAGAAGGGGCAGCAGGUCAUACAAGUCUGUGGAUGGACGGACAACCCCCUUGCUGUGUGGCACAAACCCCUCCACGCCGCAGCCUUCAUCUCCAGACACGGCAUAUUUCCACCUGCUGCAUGAGUACAACUCGGUGGCAUCUCCAUCCAGCCCUGUCAGUCCAGAGAUGCUGAUGCUGUCUGGCCUGCACACGCCCGGCUCCAGAGACUCCCAACGGCUGCUGUCCAACGAGGACACAUGUUGCUCCACCCCAGAUACCUAUGAGGAAAUGGCUCCCCAGCCGGUACAGCCAUGGGAAUGCCGGACAUUUCCGCUGGAUGUGGAUCCACAGCAGGAGAGCGAAAUCCAUCACAGUCCAGCUGGCGAGAGGCCCUGUAGGACCAUUCGACGGGUGUCCGGGUGCAGAUCGUCCAAGUCGGAGUCUGACGCUGGGCCUUCAUCACCUCUCGGCAAUGACGGCGCCAAGCAAAAACAAACCAACCCACCCAAACCUACUCACCAAUGAAGCCUAGACUCUGCCCACCCACCAGCUUUCAGAAACUGAAACAGCAGCAACGUAGAUGAAAAAAUAAAAUGAAAUAAAAUGAAUGAAAGUCCCUGUUGUUUGAUAUUCAAACAUCAGUAAAUUCUUUCACGGUUUUUAGUGAAUUGUAUGGAGAUAUAUAUUAAGACCUGUUUUAAUUCAGUCUUGCUUUUGGGUCACUGAAGAAUAAAAAUGUUUAAAAAAAUAAAAAGGAAGAAAGAAAUUAGCUUGAGGGCUAAACCAAAAUAAGCAGCUCAGAAACGUAUUGUAUAUCGCUGAAGAGCAUUUCCCCCUUAGCAUGCUGUUGUACUGAGGGGCUCAGCUUGCAUUGUGUGUGUGGUACCCUUUCAGAUUUUUCCAAUAUCCCACAUAAAAUUACUCGUUCAACCUUGCAGUUUAUAAUGGAGUGAUAAAGCGUUAAAAUAAAGCCAACAAUUAUGAUUACAAGAGACUUGCACGAAGGUACAGAUGCCUGUCUUCAUUUUUAAAUUAUUUUUCUCUACACAUUCCCUGCUUAUUAUUUUAAACAGACAAACUUCCCCGUAUUUGAUGCCUGGGAAUUGCAUAAAUUCCAAUAUCUGGUUUUGAUUUCAGUCCCAUGUUCUCGUGAAUACCGUGGUUUGUCUGUGCCCCACUUCUGUCAAAGUGACGGAGAGAGCAGGUGCCUUCAUCGCAGCCAGAAAACGAAAGUGACGAGUAGCUGUCAUGCGCUUUUUAAAUGCCACCGUUUGAUUAGAGCACUUGAUUGGUCGGUCUCUUGCACGACAAUUGUCCGUAACUUUACAAUCAGCACCUGAAUAAACAUGCGCAGGACGCUAACAUUUGAGACUAGAUUCCACUCGCUGCAACUCUGUAACUUAUUGAGGGUGUGCAUUUUGAAGCACUUGACGUUGCUAUGCAUGAUCUGGUUAGUCCAGAGAACGUGCAGUCACUCCAAUAUAAACUGAAAUGUGCUGACACUUGACUCGGUUUUUCUUUCGACUUAGCUCCAACCCCAUUUAAAGGAGCUCUACCAUUGAUUGGUCAGGUCUAAACUUUGUCUUCGUUUAAUAAAACACAAUCUGCAAUACCUACAGCCAUCGUCAAAUCCCGUAACUUGAUGUUCGAGUAAUAAUGUUAGCUGGAGUGCUUGAUAAGAAAGGACUUGGCAGAUUUUCAUUUGUUGGCUCCUCAGUUGCUGUCGGUCACAGCCAUGUUUUGAUGAGGAACGAUUUCUGUUAGUUCCCCAGUCACUGCUUGCAACUCCCUCCUGUUAUUUUAACUAAUACGAAUGUACAAGUCUAAUAGCGGACACCAGUUACUUAAGAUUUUUAUAAGUAGCUUCUCUGUAUCCGUCGUCACACGUCACACGUAGCUAUUGUAGCCAUUUGUUCUUGUUUAAGGGGUGUCAUGUAAACCAGAAAUCCUUAAUAUAUUCCUUUUCACUGGAGCGUAACAGCGAUCAUAGUGUCAGAUAAAUCUCAUCUUUUGAGGUUGUGUGGCAAAUCGUAAGGGGACCAUCCACGACUGUCCCAUUUCCUGCUGAGAAACCCACCGCCCCUUUCAUUCUUAAUAUCAUUAAUUAUGGUUUUAUGUCUCUUUCUGUGGGGUUCUGUGUACUUAUCAGGCAAAUGUACCAUAAGGUUUGACUAGCUUUCAAAAGCCAAUAUUGUAUCGUGCGAGUUAUUUUCAUACUUUGAAUUUCCAAUGUGGUGAAUGAGGUUUGGGUGAGUCUGGUAUAUCCUUUAGCAUGUAAUAGUUUGUACAAAACAACAACAAAAACAGUUUAUUUUGUACAUACCUUGUUUGAUUCUUUACUGUGUUUGAUGUUCAGGCUGUAGCUGUCCUGAUUGUCUAGGGAGAAGACACAUGAGAAUAUUUAACACUUUCUUUAUGGAGAGGCAACAUGAAAAAAAAAAAUGUUUAUGGAUAAUUGGCCGAUCUGACAGACAGGCAACGUUUGUGCUUCUCAAAUUAAAAGUGAAUUAUAUUGUA